UCCAAGAUGUUGGCCAUUCUGAUUGGAAUUGUUAUCUUGCAUGUUACCAGCUUAAUUCUUCUCAUUAUUUCCACGUCUGUUAACGCAUGGAGAGUGGUAGGUGACAGAACUACAGACCUGUGGUAUAAUUGCUGGACUUCUAACGAAGGUUACCACUGUGUGGGAGCUAGUGAUGCAGACUGGCUGCAGGCAGUGCAAGCGUUGAUGGUCCUGGCCGUGAUCUUCUGCUUCCUCUCCUUCUUCUUCUUCUGUUUCCAGCUCUUCACUCUGGAAAAGGGGGGCCGCUUCUUCUUCACCGCUGCCUUUCAGGUGUUGGCCAGCUUGUUUGUAAUGUGCGGUGCGAUUAUCUACACCGUGAUGAGUCCAGAAGACGGGGACUAUGGCUAUGCCUAUGUGUUGGCCUGGGUGGCGUUUCCUCUCACUCUGCUGAGUGGACUCAUCUACAUCAUCUUGAGGAAGAGAGAGUGAUCGCCCCCUACUGGCCACUCUCUGUCACUGGGAGUCAACCUCAGUCCACAGACUCAUUUCAGUUCAAUGACCACACCCGGACAUUAACACACAAAAUGUGAUAAAAGAAAGAAAAUAACAUUGGAGGAAUAUUAAGUGUGAAGAAACAGCAUGGAUGAAAGGACACCCCAUCUGUGGUUUUGAGCCUAUUUAUAACACUUUUACAUAGCUUGUGUAAAUAGGAAUGUCUUAACAUGUUAGUAAUAACCCCAUCUUUUGAAGUGUCUUUCCCCAAACAGAGGGGAUGGAUAGUUGAAAAGGCUUUGUUUUAUGCUUUAUGUGUUAUGUGUAAGGGCCUAUAGUAAACAUGCUGUAGUUUUAACAGUGUUUUUAAUUGUUUUGUUUUGUUCUUUAAAGGAAAUCCUCAAAGGGAAUUCAUUUGAUGUCGACUUGAAAUAUUGCUCUCUGUCUUAAACCAA